AUGGGAUCGCGUGAAAGCGAGACAAGCAUAUCGCAGCAGUUUAAAGACAUGCAAAUGUGCCCUGCGCGUUCAGAAGACCAAUUAGUAAUUGAAGAAGACGAGACUUGCAACGGUGUAAUUCCAGAUCCGUGGGCGGUAAAACAAGCGGACGAUAUAGACGUUUUUGGGGUAAUACUAAAUUAAUUUACAAUAAUUACUAUUCUCGCAGUGAAUGAUUAAUUUUUAUAUGUUAAGCCAUCGAGCCUAUCUUUAGGUUUGAGUGUUAAAAACUAUGUCGGUGACAGUUCAUUUUCCCAAUAAUUGUUUUACAAAUCGUCGAAUAUUAGAAAAACAAAUGAUUUAUUCUUCGAAUAGAAUUUAUAGGAAUUUCACAACAUAUCAAUAUUUCUUAAUUUUUAAUUGUUUUUUUUUUCGAAUUUUGGCACCACCUAUAUAUUAGGUCAAUAUAAUUAUUAUAAAAAUAUUGAUUCAAAAUCUAUAGGUUUUUUAAAAUUAUUUUUAAAAUAUUUUUACUACAUUAUACUCUAUUAUUAUACUCUUACUCUUAGUGCGGUCACAAAAAAAAAUCUUGUAAGUGUCCUACUCGGUCCAUGGACAGUUACUCAAAAGUAAUGGCUCCUUUCGUGCAGCAUUGGAGUCGUAAGAAAAAUACAGAUAAAAACCCUUUUACGAAAUCAAAGAACAUAUUGUUAUACGAACAGCAAUCAAGACACAUGGAAGAACUUAAAAUGACAACUAUAGCAAUGAAUAAUUCGUUUUCAGCAAAGAAGAAGUAAGACGAUAAAUAUAUAUUAUUUAUCUAUAAAAUAGACUAAACUCACUAUCGGACGUAUCACUUAUGGAAGGGUAUGAUGAAUAAGAAUACUUUACAGUUAACACCAAAUCAUUUUCAAAUACUUCAUUUUUGUAAUUAGUGUUUUGUAUUGCCCUCGUUUAUUUAUUAAUGCGUUUUGAAACCUACAUAACUUUUAUAUAAGUAUUAAGUACAUGGAUACUUAAUAUACCUGUACGUGUACAGGUAUACCAGAAAUAUUUAAUAACCUAUAUGGCAAUAUGUGUUGUAGGAAAUACCAAAAACUUUACGAACAAUACGUGAGGACUCAAAAUAGUAAACUCAUAACAGUUUUGCUUCAGCUCGAAGACGAACUUAACGAUUUAACAUGUGCUCUCAAAGAAGCCAUCGACGUGUACAAAGAAGUAAUCAAUGAAAAAUUAAUAAUAACUUAUUGUAUAGGGAAGCAGGAAAUUCAGGACUUAUUCUAAGAAGUUUUAUCUACUGCUUACAAUACACUGAAAAGUUUUUUCAUGUGAACUUUAAUACUUAACCUCCCUCCCCCCCAAAAAAAAGUACAGCAGAGAAAAACGAAUAAACUGCAGAAAAACGCGACUCAAUCGUGGCAUACGAAUCAUGUGAUAUGUAAGUUGAUAAUUAGGGCGAGGAUUUUUGUGUAAUAAAAAAGUCGAAAUAUGUAAAUAUCUAUGCUCUUAUUUUUGCCGAAAUAUGUAUUCAAAAAUAUGAAAUAUGUAACAAAAAAAUCUGUAUUUUGCAUUAAUAUUUAAUUAAUAUUUAUUCAUCUAAUAAUCUUCAUUAAUUGUUGUCUUCUUCUUUGAAAAAAUUAGAUACAACGUACAUUUGAAGAUUUUCAAAUUUUCAUGUACGGCUGUAAAAGAAAUUUUUUAAGAGGCGGUUAGGUCUCAAAAUCGAUUUGUAGCGGCUGAAGGAUUGUUCAACGUCGAUCGAGGUUAAUAGGGCAUAUUGCAUACUACAUAAUUUGUCAGAUGGUGUUAAUUCAAUAUCAUUUAUUUGACAUAAUUUCAUUUUUAUUUAAAAGAAUAUCUCUAAUAGUUUUAACUGUUCGUAAACCGACAUUUUUACCGAGUACAUCUCCUUGAACUUUGUUUUCUGUAUUUUCCAUUAUCGCAAGUCUUUCAAUUAUUGUUAGAUUUAAUAUUUCUAAUUUGUUUAUUACUAUAACCAUGAAACAAAAUUGUGUAGAAAUAUCUGCUAAAUGAUUUUUCAGGUCUUGAUUUUACAUAAUAUUAGUAGCUUGUAUAAUAGCAAUUGCAGUAUCUGAAUCAAGAUUUAAAAUAACUUCUUUAAUUUAUUCGAAAUUGGCAGAAUAAUAUUCGACUGCUGCUAACCCACCGAUUAAUGAUUGGCUCAUGUGGAAGACCCAAAUUUGGAUAUAAUUCUUUAAAUUUUAGUAGAUACUCUACUUGGAGCUUUUAGAAAUAAUUUUUUGCAGUCACGAUUGAUAAAUGUUGAUCCCUUGGUUCCAAGGGAAACUGAAAUCUAACUGUUUCAGAUAUUCGGUGACUACCGUGUACUACCGUGUUACUAAUGUAACAUUUUUGGAUUAAAUUUUAGAAUUUUUCCAGCUUUCAGCAUAUACGGAGCACCAUCCGUUAACAACAAAAGAACGUUUUCAUAGUUAACGCCUUGUGGCCUUAACAAAGCCAUCGUAUCAUUAAAAAAAUCUUGAAAUUUUUUGAUGAUUGCAAAUGUUUAGUUCUCCAUAGUUUAUAAGAAAUGGUUUAGAAGGUUCGAAACUCAAUUUUUCUAUAAUGGUAUUGGCGAUAUCGCGACCAUUAACGUCUGUAAUUUCAUCAACUGAAACCAAAAUGGGACCACUUCCAAUGAUAUUUCGAAUUUUUGAAAUCGUGUUUCGUUAUAAAUAACUUCAACGUAAUUUUUUCGAACAGUACUCUCAUCUGGAAUUGCUUGCCUAGUGUAUUUUUUCAAAAAUAAAAAAAAAUGUUAAAAAUUAAAAGUUUUAAAAGUUGGAUUUUUUUAUUUAGUAAGUUAAAUAUCAGCUUUAAUUAAUGUGUGGCAUAAAUCAGUAUUAAAAAUUGACUUGCUGUUGUUCGAAUAUACUGACUCGGAGGAGACGAAAUUCUGAGUGAAUUUAAUUUUCCUUUCUUUGUUUUUUUUAUAUUUUGUUAUUGUACUUAAAUAUUGAGUUAUUAACGGACAUUGCAAAUUCUAACAAAUGGAGUAAACAGUGUUGAAAUUAUUUUUUUAUAUUAAGGGGUCUGUGCUACACUUUAGCUCAAAACAUGUUUUACAAGGAAAACUGUCAUACCUCGUAUCUGACGAUAAUAAUUAUAUUUUUUCUACUAAAAAGAGAACUCCCUAUAGUAUAUAGUGAGCUACAAUGUUUGAUAAUGUAGAACGUAAAUAAACCUAUAAACACUAAAAAAAUACCAAAAAUUGUUCACAUUCAAACUACAAUAGCAUUUAUAAAUAUAAUUUUAAAAAUCACAAAUUUAAUGUGCUCUGAAAGAAGUUUUAAAUGAAAAACAAUUUUCAACUUCUCUACGAGGCAUGACCAUUUCCGUAAACUUGUUUUUAAGCAAAAACAGGUAGCAUGUAAAACCCUUAAGAAUUUGUUUUUAUUAUAUACCUACCAACCUACUACUGUUUUUUUCAAUAAUAUUUUACAUUUGGAGAAAAUAUUAAUUUAUUUAAUUUUUCUGAUCUUUAUUAUUAGAUAUGUAUAAAUUUUUAAGUAGCCAUGUUCAACUAUUAAUAUAAAAUAACUAUUGUCACCUAAAUGUUUUUUAUUGAGAUGUUAUCAGUAAUAUAGGUAUUCAAGUAAGUAAUUUGUCAUGGAAUAUUUAUCUACUCGUCUAAACAAACGAGCCACAAAAACAAGGUGUGUUAUCGCUGUAUUAUAUUAUAAUAUAUUAUGCAUAUUUACAGGCGGCUUUUAUAAACAAACCAGAGACAAAUUCAUCGAAUUGCCUUUUGGACCAUAUCGAAAAUCCACCGACACCCAAGGAAACAACGACUGUGCGUUUAAUCAAAAAUUUGAGAAGACUUCAGGAACUACAAGAGAAGCUAAAAAAUGGUCAUUUUUUUCAGGGUUCCGGCGAUAAUAUGGGAUAA